AUGUCUUCAGAGCACCAUCCUCUCCUUCCAACAAGUCACGCUGAACAACAUCCCUCAAAGUAUCACCACUACCGCGACAAAACAGCAGAAUUACUCGAAAGCCCUCGUCUCCACAAACUCGUCAUAGCCCUCAUCGCUACAGAUGCCGUAUGCGUCCUGAUCGACCUAGGCUAUACAGUCCUUUCAACAGACUGCACACCCGUGGGUGGCGAAGCCCCAGAAUGGCUCGAAGUAUUAGCCCACAUCUCACUCCUCAUCACCACCCUUUUCUUGAUCGAAAUCCCACUCAACUUGUGGGCUUUUGGGCGGCAGCACAUGAACCCCUUCGGACCCGUCCCCCACGCCGCUUUACACGCAUUCGAUACAUUCGUUAUUCUGACAACGUUCAUCUUGGAGGUCGUGUUGCGCGGCAGUGAGAGGGAACUCGCGGGACUCCUCGUCAUCUUGCGAUUGUGGCGGCUCGUGAAACUAGUAGGAGGUGUCGCCAUUGGCGCCGGUGAACUUGAAGAAGAGAACGCCCGAAUUUUGGCUGGAACACGCAACGAACGUGAUCAUCUCAAGGCCGAACUUGAAGCCUCUCGUCAGGAAAACGAGAAACUUCGUAAACAGUUAGGUCUUCCCAACACAGGCGUUCAGGAUAUCCCAGAUAGAUAA